UACCAGUGUAGCGCCCGGCAUCGCCGCGGCGAGUUGGUCCGCCCAGUUCGCGUUUCGCAGCCAUGGCGUGCGCCGCCAUCUGUGUCCUCGUCUUUAUUUACGUGCUUUGCUGCGUCGUCCGUCCUUCUUCCCCGGCAGCAAUGUGCCCGCCCCUGCACUCCGACACUGUGCAGGUGCAGUGCCUUCAGGGGUCCGAGCCCUUCAACUGCACGGCGCUGUCGUCCCCACCCGGCACCCUGGCCAAGUUCCAGUGCAGGGCCUUGCACCAGCCCUUGUUCGGCUUUCCGCCCCCCGCCGGCUUUGAGUCCAGCUGUGGCUCGAACGGAGAGUGGAGCGUCCGACCCUUCCGUUGCGUGCCCAUAUGUGGCCGCCCCACGGGCAGACCGUCGGCGCUGGUUCGCGACGGAGAAGUGGUGACUUCGGCCGCGGACUACCCGUGGCACGUGACGGUGUACGACUUGACGCUCGACCUGAAGCAGAUCUGCGGCGGCUCCUUGGUCACAACCAAAUUCUUCAUUUCAGGUAACAGCGAAUCAGACGCCCCCUUGCAGUGCACUCACAACUCGCGCUUAACCUUAUGA